GCUUGGGACUGCAUUUGGUGCAUUCGCGGUUUGGAGUUUUGAUGGCCUUGCGAACGAAAAGAUGCCGCCAUCCGCCGCUCCGAGUUUAUCAGCGUAGGGUUAUGAUUUGCAUCGAUUGAGAUGGGCUGCGGCGCUAGCACCAGUCCUGUCCAACACAUCAUGCCUACUUCAGGCUCUGACCAUGACCGUCUUGUCCUCCUCCAGGAUCGCCAAGGGCGGCGACGUUGCCAACGGUCCAUCGACUACGAAGAAUCUACGCAGUCCUUCAACUCGAUGACCUUCGCACCUUCGACAGAUGAUCCCAUGAUGCAACCUCAUGCUGAGACGCACGCAAAGCACCUCCAAAAGUUAGAGCACGUUCUCGCCAUCAUUCCCGGGCACGAAGAGCUGCUGAAACAGGAAGUCCGGGCUCGCAGGCAGGACAUGACGCCGAAGCCCAAAGCUUGCCGCCGCACGUAUCCACUCUGAGCAGGUUUGGUUGCAUGACUCCCGGAUGGUCAAUUGCAGAUGGAAAGCAACAAGGGAAGCUGAGUGUGAGCGUGCGCCGUUUUUUUGGUGCGCCGCAGCGUUCCACUUCGCAAAGCACAGCGACAUUUGGACUGUUGCAUCCCAAGAUCUAGAGCACAUGUCCUAGUCCAGCCGAGUUUACGCAUCUAGCUGCUGUCAACAGAAGACUGACUCAUUUGUUGGGCGCCCUCAGGGAUCUAGCUGGCCUUCGCUGGAAUCGUUGAUUUGUAGCAAGCACAAACAGAUCACGCAUGACUGGACGGCUUUCAAUGUAGAGCUUCAAUAGGUUCUGAAAUCCAGGUUGUGGGCAUCGAGGUUCAUGCCCACGCUGAAACCAGUGGAUUGCGCACCACACCCCAGAGGGUGGACUGUGGAUGGUAGCCACAGAAUUCAUCAGAAAUGCACCGCCUUUCGCCAGCCAUUGUUGCAGCGGCUGCAAUGUUUCGGUAGCUGAAGCAGUCGUAACGACUGCAGAGAGUUUCCUCGGCGGCGAAGGCCGUGCAACUGCCUGCAACACAUUUCGCUCAUUGAUUGAGAGUUGUACACCCGUACUACUUGUGUCUUUGCUACUCCUGCCACUGGUCUUCAAGCGUUGGCCAUGCUGUUGGAGUAUGCAACUCGAGAAGCUGCCCAUUGAGUCACAUUGUUAGUUAGUUUUGGAGUGAUUCCUUGGGCGUCUGCCCAUGGAAGUAUGGAGGCCAGCACUUUGCGAUUGUAUCGGUCGAAAGUUUCGCUGGCUUGCUGCCUCCACUUUAAUAUAUCAUACUCGGCUUGGGCUUCUGAGUUACAGUUUUGCGAUAUCAAUAUAUGCGUGCACAACGAAAUUUGUGCGCAGCUCAUGUUGAGGUGAGCCGUUGGCAAUGUCUACC